AUGGGACCCUCGAACCUGCCACGACCUCGUCCCCAGCCUAAGUCGGCCUUCAAACGAGUCCAAUCAAAACAGACUCGCGAUGUCGCUUUCGGCCCUCACAAGGACCGCAUCCAAAAGUUGUAUAUCCACGAUGAGCGACCCCUGAACUGGAUCAUGGACUAUAUGAGAAGGGAGUAUGGUAUCAAUCUGUCAGUGAAACAGUACAAGAGUCAGUUGAAGACCUGGGGCCUCAGACACAAACUCACAAAGCGGGAUGCCGCCUUCAUCUUGAGGUUGCUGGACCAAGCCAAGAGCGAGGGCCGCGACGAGGUCGUCAUCUUCUCCGGACACCCUCGACGACGAGAGGACAUCACAAAGUACAUCCAGAGAAAUGACAAAGUUGCCGAUGAAGACGACCUGCUGUCCUGUAUCACCGACGAAGACAGGACCCCCCCUUAUAUCACCUUCCCUGUCGAAGAAGUCCAGCAGCCACCGCCCUCCCACUUGCCGCCAACACCUCCAUCCGCAAGCUCGUUUGGCUCUCUGGAAUCUCAUGCCUUUCGGCCCAUAUCUCCAAUGAAGGUCCCCAUCCCGUCACCAGAGUCAAGCCCUCGACAUUCGGGCGAAUUUUCGUACGAUGCCAAUCAUGCCGCGGGUCCAUCAGAACCCAGAUAUGGUGGUGAUGAAGCAGUGUCUCUCGAGUUGACCUUCGUCCAGGAGCGCGUGUCCGCACAGCAGGCAGUCUUGACCCGCAGCCAGCCAGCCAUCCCGAACAUCCUGGGUCCUUUCUGGCGUGCUCAGCAAGAGCCGAUUCCAUCGAGCUGGUGCGAGUUGUGGGACAGCGAUGAUCCGAGCAAGCAGUGGCCGGCUGACUUUACCAACGCCGUGCUGUCCGCGACACCGGCGGUCGUUGAAGAAAUUAGCGACCUUGAAGUUGACAUCUACCGGUUCGGCGACAAUACUCACAGUCGGCAACUCAAUGACAAGAGUCUGUCGGCGGAAUUCGUCAUGUACUGUCUGUAUUGGUUGAUUUGUGCCGGCCAGAAUGAUGCCCGGAUCCGACCAAAAACCGAAUAUUACUUGACGAAUGCCCUGUUCAACUUCUUGUGCAUGCUCACGAACGAGAGCUUCCCUGCCGGGGAAUGCCUGGGGGCGCUGAGCAUUGUAUCGGUGCUGUUCGACUGCUACGGCCAGUGGGAGAGGCUCUCCGAACUGCUGACCAAAUGCGACGAAUUGACCAAGAACCACUGCGGCCUCGACAACCCAUUGACCAUGACGAUUGAGUUCAAAAAGAACAUGCUCCAACGUGGUGGUGCGGGUUGUCCGCCUCACGAUAUCGCUCGUCUUUCGCUCAUUGUAGCUCAGAUGAAGAUCCGCUUCUCCGAGUCGUCUGCGCCCGCCUUGACGGCCAGGUACAACUUGGCCUGGGCAAUGCUGGAGAACGAGCUGAAAAAGGAAGUGAGGGCUCCUGAGAACUUUGAGCCAGCUCGAAGAGAGCUGCUUGACCUCACCCGUCAGUGGGAGCAAUUUGGAGACGACCGCAUCGAGACCAUCAUGGCCGCCGCCACACUGGCCAGGGCCACCUUCUAUUGCGGAGAUGCGGAAGGGGCUGAAGCCAUCAUUGUCCAGUCUGUCCUGCCCCGAGUGCGGAAGAACUUCCCCGAGCAGCAUGCGUAUAGUUGGGAAGCAAAGCACCGACACGCGUUCUUCCUCUUCCAACUAGCCAAAAAGGAGACCGGGGCAAAGAAGAGCAUCCACCUGCAGCUUGGCGAGCAGCUGCUGCGUGAAGUCGUGCGGCACAGACAUCGCAUUCUGGGUGAAUCCAACCCGAAGUCGACUCACUCUUUCCAACUCCUCAGAGACAUCCUCAAGGCACAAGGCAGGAUAUUCGAGGCAGAUACACUAUCCGAAUGGUGUGAGCGCCAACAGUCACCAUAUGGGGUUCGUUGA